GUGGAGCCGCCAGAGAGACUUCAGACUGACCAAACCGGAUCGUUGUAACUGCCACUAAGAACUGCCCAAGCUGCACCUAGAGUCAAUUUAUGCAGUGGGAACACAGCUGUAGACGGCGCCUACAUUCUGCCCACGACCAGAUGGAGUGGGGUCAUGAUGAACGCCGUCUUCACCAUGCAUGGUAUUAGCCAACUCGCAGGGCAUGCCUCUGCUUCUCGUCACGGCGGGGUUCAAAGACUUGCCGUACCUCGCAUCCAAGGAGGCCAACUGCUCCACGAACUCGUGUUGCGUCCAAUCUGCCGACAAGAUGUGGUGCAUCAUGAUCGUUUUGGCGGCGUUCCGGACUGCACCGCUUUCUACUUCCGUCUGGCCGUUCUAGAAACACGCCAGUAUACCUUUGAUGUGGCGGAAGACGUCCAGAAGGCCAUAUAUAAUGCGAAGGCUUACCGGUCUGGCAAGUGGGGUGAAGGUAACGCUGACGAGAUCCCUUGUGUUGUUACUCGUGCCGUCGCUCACGAACAGCUCGAAGUUGGAAAGACUGGAUGGGGUGAAUUUUCCGCCUCUAACGCAGGUGGAAGAGUUUGAAGGUUCAGUGAGACGCGCGCUAUUGCAGUUCUUCCUGGUGAGUCUAGGUGACCCUACAGUAGGCGGAGGGAGUGAUCAAUUGCCGAAAGGACGUCGCCUGGAACAGACCUGGGUUUAAUAACUGCAUCA